CGCCGACUCUUGGUCCCCGCUCAUCGCGCUAUUAAAACGCGUUUGGAGCUCUCUCGGCAUCACCAUCUCCGAGCUCCCCAUCCCAUGGAACUACCACCGUCUUCGCCGGAGCUCAUUACCUCCUUCUGCUGCUUCUCCCACUCUCCGCGCGCCCAGGUCAGAGACUUCAACAACUUCAAAAACAGUGCCCGUCCUUCCCGCAUCCUCUUCUUCUCCAACGACUCCUGGAUCGACUUUGCACGCAAGGUGUUCGACGAUUUGUGUGCCGCCUUCGUCGCCGGAAAGCCUGCCGUGGAUGUCACGGUUGAUGGGAAGUCAUGUUUGGUUAACUUUCUCAGCAUGUCUUUGAUCGAGGUGGAUACUGGAAUUCUCAAGUCCAUCGCUUGGAUCGAUUGCAAUGGCCGUUGCUUCUUCCCGAGAGUUCUCCCCGAGCGCAUGCACGCUUCGCAGCUAAAGAAGAGACCUUUGUGCGAUGAUCAUUGCUGGAAAGCAAAGAAGAAGGAGAAAAUUAUGGAAAGUUCGGAUUUUGAUGAGAGGUCUGAUGAGAGCCCGGAUGUUUGCUCUGUGAUUGCCUCGCCAGAGAAGCAGUCAUGGCCGGAUCUUUUGAGCUUAUCGGAGGAGAGCGCGUCUUAUAAACAUGUGGAGGAUUUGUUCCUCGCCGGAGUGCGCCCGUUGGACUCCGACAUUGUGGUCACUGGCGUGCGCAAGUGCACGCACGCAAGUCGUUCGGCGAAAUGCCGAAAGAGCACUUUUGAUAUGAACGUUCAAUCAACUAAAGCCUUGAGAGGAGAUUCCAAUGUUAAGCUUGGAUGGUAUGGUGCUUCACCAAAAGAGGUGGCGGGAAUCAUAGCUCAUGGCUUUGGGCAACCGAAUUACAAGUCUUUCGGCCACGGUGCACAUGGUGUUGGUGUCCACCUCUCGCCACCAAACUUCGGAUUUGCCAGCUCUCUUUUGUCAACACCAGAUGAAAACGGUGAGAAACACCUGAUUCUUUGCCAGGUUCUCAUGGGCAAUUCUGAGCAAAUACCGGCAGGAUCGUACCAGUUUCAUCCAAGCAAUGACUUGUUCGAUACUGCCGUCGAUGAUCUGAAAAGCCCCAGAUGGUUUAUAGUUUGGACAACACACAUGAACACACACAUACUUCCUCUAUACGUUGUGACUUUCAAGUCUUCUAAUCAAAUUCAUGGAUCAUGCAGGAUGGUUAAUGUUGCCGAAAAACCUUCUUUUACUAGUGUUCCUUUCCCGAAAUUGUUCGCAGAGGUGGCCAAAUCACUGCCUGAAUUUCAAGUAAGAGCAUUGGAGAUGCAGUUUCACAGGCACAAAGAAGGAAAGAUGAGCAAAGAGGCCUUCAUUAGAUGCUUGAGGACUUUGGCUGGUGAUAAGCUACUAUCUACUUCUUUACAGAGAAUCAGAGGACACUAAUGAAUUACGGUACAUAUACAUCCACCAUUAAUUCUUGGAAGCUCUGUUCUUGAUUUGCAUGUUUGAAAAUUUUGUUUUUGAGUUUCUUUUCUUAAUAUGAAUUGGAACUCACUUGUGGUUGUUUGUAUACUUGGGUUAAAAGAUUUGUGUGUUCUUAGCUAUUGCUCUCACAUGUAAAUUUGUACUUUUAUUCUUAAUGAAGAAAUAUAUCACCUUUCUUUUCUUUCAAUUAUGUGUG